GAAGUUUUUUAACAUGUUAUUUUAUUUUCCUUUCCAGUUUGUGGCUCACCUAUAGUAACAUUUAUCAUCAUGUUGUUGUUACUAUUAUUUACGUUAUUUGUUUAACAUGUGUACCUCUCACAUUUUAAUUACAAGGAAGAGCUUUUGCCCCUAUAGCCCUGAUCAAAAAUUCAUGAUUGUGUAAUAUCUUUCACUGAUGGCCAAAACUGCAGGAAGAUCCCAUGUGGGUGAAGUUUCUCAGGACAACACGAGGGUUAAAACUCUGCCCUCAAGCAGCAGCUUCCCCGUUUAAAGUCCGCGCAUUCCCGCAUCUGCAAUGUUAUGUCAUCAGUAUUCGGCUUCUCACCCCGCUCGUGUAGGUACUGUAUCGCAUUAGCUUUAAUAAAAGAUUAAAUAAAAGAAAAUGAACAAGACUGCGCGUACUGUGUUUUAAAGCAGCAUGAAUGCGGUAUGCUGUAGUCCGGGUACCGAUUCUAGUCACUUCCUUGUCCUGCGGAGAGCAGUGACGUCGGUGGACCGGUCUGCACGGUGGCUGUAACGCCGCAGAGGGAAACCUGUCCGCUCGCCCCGGACAAACGCUCCACGCCGGCGCGCGAACACACGGCAGCCGCUUCAUCAUCACCGCGGGCGGCUCGACGACCCACGCGCGCUGCAUCUUAAAAAUGUGUCGCUGUGGAGCACAAAAACGAUAGGCUGGCACGGAUACUGUGCGAGUUCAGCCGCACCACUGUCUUAUGUGCCCGUGCGCGGUGCACCGGUGACCAUGUCCUUGGCGAAGAGCGACGAGGACCAGCGAUGGGUGCCAACGCACGUGCAGGUAACGGUGCUGCGGGCCCGAGGGUUGCGCGCGAAGGGCAAACACGGCACCAGCGACGUGUACACCAUCAUCCAGCUGGGCAAGGAGAAAUACUCCACGUGCGUGAUGGAGAAGACUACCGAUCCGGAAUGGGGCGAGGAAUGCUCGUUUGAGCUGCAGCCAGGGAUACUGGAGGAGGAAGGGCGAGACGCGUACCCACCCGGUAGUGGCGACCUGACCCUCACCGUUAUGCACCGAGCUCUGAUAGGGCUGGAUGUGUUCCUGGGCCAAGCUGUUUUACCGCUGCAUAAAGCCUUUCAGGAUCGGAAGAGCAAGAAGAAUGAGUGGCACAGGCUCCAUUCAAAAACGGGCAAAAAGGAAAAAGAGCGUGGGGAGCUUCAGUUGUCUGUCCAGUUUACGCGACACAACCUGACGGCCAGCAUGUAUGACCUCUCCAUGAAAGACAAGCCUCGCUCUGCUUUCGACAAGCUCCGAGAACGUAUGCGAGCUAAGAAGCGACCCGCUGAAGAAGACUCCUCUUCAGCUAUUGUUCCUGGAGGAUACGGAGCACUGGCGCGCAUGCGGGGGCGACUGCCGAGCGAUGGGGGCGGCGAGGAAGACUACGAGGACGAUGAAGGAGGGGAGGCCCGCAGGAGUAAGAUGAGAAGUUUUUUCCUGCGUGGGAGAUUGAGAAAGUCUUCAGAUACGCGCUCCAGCACGUCACUGGGCUCCGAAAGCAGCGAGUCUUCAUCGCGUGGCGGCAGCCUGAGCCCUACAGCGGGCAUAAGUGUGGUGGUCUCUGAUCUUUCCAACUCGCCCAGUAACAGCAGCAAUCUGACUGCAGACAACAGUCCAGAACACACAGUCGCUCCUUCGCCACAGGUUUCUCCCGUCAGACAUGUGAUGUAUGACAUCAGCUUACCAGUGCCUCAUUCUAUGAUGUCAGACAACGACACCCCUAUCCUGCUUCCUUCAGUGUGUGUGAACGGGAACCCUGUGGAAACGUCUCCACUCACUCACCACCCACCGACACUUGUACUACAGCAUCCUCAACAAGAGUCAACCAAACCAAUAACUCAGUCAGGUCAACCCCAGGCAACCAAGCUGCCAGCAAAGCCAGAGAAAUCCCAAGAGUCAAAGCCAAGGCCCGAACCCCGGCUCCCAGCCCUCGGGGUGCUUCAAAAAGGCUCCCUUUCACUCUCCCUGCAAAACCUCUCUCGCCAAGGGAAAGAAAAGCAGAAUGGUGGCCCCGUGGAUGGACGACGCUGGUCCUUCGAUAAACCUGGCGAGGAAGAAAAAGCCGCCAUUGUUGCAGCACUAGAGCAUGCUGGGAGAGUUACAGAUGAGCCUGUGAAUGAAACCGUGAUACGUGCUGGAGAGACAGAGACUCAGGGCAAGAAAAGGAGGGGCCUGUUUUCACAUGGGAAAGGUGAUUCAGCUGGUAAAGGACCAAUCACGAGUAAAGAGGAAACAGAACAUGCUCAACCACUUGUGGAAGUCAAACACAAAGGAUGGUUCAGCUCCAAGGACUCGCACAGUAAACCCAGCCCACUGGUGUCUCCUCAGUCAGACUCCAGUGCCAAUACAAGCUCUUCCAUCGUACCCUUGAACUUUAAUGCUCCUUCACAGAAUAUGACUGACAAAAACACCGCUACCUUUACUCCACCCUCACCUUUUUAUGAAGCCAAUCCCAUCCUCCCACUUGCACAGCAGAAUAAUAUCUUUCAAGAGCUUCAUUCUGAUGCUCCUUUAACUCCUGAUGUACCCUCUCUUUUUAGCUCACAGGUUGAUGGCAAUGCCACCCCAGAUUUGCUAAGGGUUGGAAACAAGCAAGGACCUUCCAAAAUGGAAAUCUCAGUUGAUCCUUUAAUUUCUCCCUUGGAGGGACAGACAGAAAAUGAUGACUUUGAGGAUUUCGCUAAGGACAGAUUAAAGCCCUUGGAAGAGAUGGCUAAAACAAAUAGUUUGGUUACCCUCCCAGCUCUCUUAAUAAAAACAAAUAACCAAGAGCCUUUGAGUGCUUUGGGUUGCCUAAUGAGAUCGCAUACAAAUUACCUAACUGAUUUAGGGGGAAAUGCUUUAGCAAGCACUGUUGAUGAAUCAACUGCAGACACACCUCAAAUUUCAAGAAGCAAUGUAAAUAGUGUUUGUUCUAGUUCUAACAAGCCUGACCUCACUAAUCAUGGGGCAUAUGGGUUUGCAGAAUAUAUAAAUGUGUCUGAAAUCUCUUUACCAGAGAAUUCGAGUUUAGAGUUUUCUGAACUAAAUACGUUUGCAUGCCCUUUUCCUGCACUGCCAGCCUGCUCCAAGAAUGAAGACAAUGCUGAUGUGUCAAUUUUUGAAAACCCCUCAAAGAUGGCUGUAACCUCUCAAGAUGCCAAAUCAGAUGUCAGACAAUUAUCAUUAUCAGAAGAAGCAGACGCUCUUGACCUUCUUCCUAGUAUCUGCAUUGGAUUCUCAGAUGGUGGUCCUGAAUCAUUACAGAGACCUGAAGCCUUGAAGGAUGUUGAGUCUGUGACAAUCCAUGAGGAGGAUCUUGUGCUGUCCUCUAAGGGCAACAACUCAGGUGACACACUGGAACAGUCUACCAUGACAUCUGAUUCUGUAGGUGGAGUCCCAGACCAGCCAUGUAUUGAGCCCUGUCAGACUGACAUUAUUACAGGUAAUAUAAUCAAAUCCGAUGAAGAAUUUUGGAGAUCAGGUGGCUCACUCAUUCAAAACAUAGUGAAAAUUGGAAAGUCCCAAGCUGAAGCCACUGAGGCUUCUAGAAACCAUGUUCAAUCAGCACAGAGUUUCCUAGUUUCAACUACUUUGCUUGUGGAUAAAGCUGAGAUAAAAGAUGCAGUAAUGAACACCAUAAUACAGAAUGAAUCAAGAGAGGAUCUCUUCAAGGGUGUCAGUCAUAACUAUUCUGAAAUUAAAGACUCUGUUCCUGAGAACCUACCCAAUGGCAUUUCCUUUCCAGUACUCUUAAAAACCAUGUCUAAUGGCAUGCAGGAAAACAAAGAGAGUGUGAGUGAACGACCAAUCAGUCCAUUCAAGAAUCAUUUAACAGGUACUCUACUAAGCAGCAUCAGUGAAGAGCCAGAAAUAAUGUAUUCUAAUGAACAGACACUUCCUGUAGAACAUAACCAUUCAACCGGUGCAAUUAAAACAGGGAGAAAUGAAGAUACAGCAGACAAAAACUCUUUAGUGCUUUCACCUGGUAGUGUGCUUCUUCACAGCCUGUAUAAGUGUGCAGAUUCAGAUCAGUACCUUACCUGUGUAUCUCAGCAAGAUUCAAUUUCCUCUAACUUAGAACUCACCCAGGAAGUGAAAACCAAACAUCUUUUGCCUGCAGAAGACACUUCCAAAAUUGAGUCCUUUCCAAGCAAUAUCCUUCAUGAUUUUGCCACAAUAAAACAUGACACGUCUGUAAAGGCCAUAACAAAAGUAGUUGCUGAGCAAAAUCAGGUUAUAGCAGAAAAAAUUAAACCUUCUCAAGAAGCCUUGCCAAAAAAAGAAUGUCGUCAGGAUGUUUCCCAGAAUAAUUACUUAUUGGAUCUCCUGCCUGAAACGCAUACCAUUACACCAAUGUCAGACCCUUCACACAGUUGUUCAUCUGAGAACACAACAUCAGAGUUUAUAAAGCCAGAAUUUGAUGAAUCAAUGGUACAGUCAGUUCCUUCAGAUAAUUACGAUUUUCCUAAAGAUACGUCGUCAAUUGUUGUUACCUCCGAAAUGAUAGCAGAACUUGAGGCUCAACUUGCACCAUUAGAUACAGACACAUGUCUCACUGACCAUUGUAAAACCUGUCCAACCAAAGUAGGUGAUUUUCAAAGAGUGCAAGAAGAUGAAUUCUUUAACGUUGGGACCACAUCAAAUGACAUUGUGCUGGCUGAAUCUAAUCCAUUUAUGUCAGAUUAUGUACCUGAGCAAACCUCCAGUAUUACACAGGACCUUGUCAAAACUGAUGCUGACCUGAAGAACAUCUUUUUAUCCCAAGCAACUGAAAUUCAUCUUUGUAAUGUAAAUUUUAAAUCUGCAGAAACUCACAGUGGGACAGAACUACAUCCUAAACCAGUAGAAAGUCUCGACAGAAACACUGAUUUGUGGACAACCCCAGUUGUGCAACAAUCUGCGACACCUGACUUAUUUUCAGUGAACUGGCCCACUUUACCCCAGUCAUCAGCACCUUCCCCCUUCGACCAGCCAACUCUGGCCUCAAGGCAUUCUCCUAACCUUAACUUUAUAUCAUCUUUGUUCGACCUUUCACCUGUAGCUUCUUCGACACCACAUGUAGCAGUAGACACUUUCCCCUUUCCCAUAAAUCCUCCAACCUCAGCCGAGUCAUUGCAACAUCCAGAACUUGCUGGUUCUCAUCCUACAAUGCAGCCUGUAAAUUCUACAUCAUGCAAUCCUUUUCUUCAGGAUAAAUCAGAUAUAUUCCGUCAUAAGAGCAGUCCACACCCAGUGAAGCCAUUGACGCCCCCUGAUGAGAAGAGGUCAGAGGGUCGAUCUGUACUAGAGAAGCUUAAAUCCACCAUACACUCAGGACGAAGUGAUGCAGACAAGAAGCCACUAGUGGAAGGAGGAGGCUCCUACUAUCACCUUAACCACAGCGAGCUGGUUAAUCUGCUGAUCCAGCGGGACAUGGAGCUCAGGCAGGAGCGCGAGGAGUACGAAAAGCGAGGGAUGUUGUUGGAGAAGCGCGAGACUGACUUAAAGAAGAUGAAGCUUCUGAUUAAAGAUCUGGAAGAUUACAUUGACACACUGCUCGUACGAAUCAUGGAACAGACCCCCACUCUGCUUCAGGUUCGCCCCAAAAUGAAAUGAUACAACAAACGCCUCCGCUAUAACUCCACUAAACCCUCGGUUGGACUUCACAACCAUGCACUGCUAUAGCAACCAUAGAAAUACAGAGAGCUAUCUGGCGCUAGCUGAUUGGGUAUAGAGGAGAAGGUGUAGAUUUGGUGUCCAAAAAUACCUAUGGUCUCUAUUGGGGGUCCGUGUGCACUGCAGGUUUGCAUUGAUGGUUAAAGGACGGUAUUCUGCUGCUAAACUUCAAAGCUGGUAGGAUCCAUUUUAAAAUGUGUCAGCUGAUAUUCACUCGCGAAGACACAUGACAGUCAAGCUAAGUACCAAAAUCACCCAUCCUGAAUGGGCUUGAAUGAGACAUGCCAGUCUUCUAGCGCUAGUGUGAAUGGUUUUUGUUGCACAACGCGAACAUCAAUUUAGCAUUUGUUUUUUCUAUCACGUUUUGCCAUGUAACACUCAGCUGCUUGACCGUAGAGCGACUUUGAGAGUUCGAGGUGGCUUGAAAGUGCGCAAGAGGGAGUGUGAGAUGUAGUAAAGCAAAGGAACAAGAGCAGAAUCGGUCAGUUUCCAAUCUGCUUGUGCCUCCCUACAUGUCUUCCGCACUUUACUUAAAAGCUUAAGGGAGUAGGCUCUCGCCAACUGACCGUUUAACUUCCUUUCGGGUUGGUGUUCGUCCUCUUCCUUCCUUUGCUUGAGCCAAUGCACGUACAUCGCUGCCAGUGCUUUCAGGUGUAACGAAUGGGAUAUAUACUGUAUUCAUUGCAUAUAUGCCACUCUGACAAAAUGCCAAAUGCUGCCUUAUCAUACAGUAUUUCUUCCAUUUUGUUGUAGUGAUAUGCAUCACUUUCAAUUAGACUGCACAUUAUGUUACAAAACAAACGGCGGAGGAAGGUUUCGAGUCAAACUUUUUUCCUAGACUGUUAGGUACGAGAUCUGAAGUGAGAAUGAAAGCCAUGAAACUGCAAAUGCCAGAAGUUAUUUGCUCUAAACGAACGUUACAGUAUUUUUUUUAAUACCGCAACGGCUCUGUCAAUGUUUCUGUAAUGUAUUUCUGGUGUUUCUAUGAUGUCGCCACUAUCAGUGUUGCCACUGUCCAUGUACAAUUGUAGCACUAUAUAUAGAUAGGUGAUAGAGGCGUAGACCGCAGCACUUUUAAACCUCAAGACGAGGCACUUGCAACAAUUCUUUCUCAACAGCUUAGGAAGAAGUGCACGCACACAUUCACUGCACAGACUAAUAAUCCUCUGAACGCAGGAUGUCAGUUGUGAUUCAGUGCAAGCUUCUGCUAGGAAGCUCUAGAUUUAUUAAUGAUGUAUUUCUGUGAUUAGAUGCAGUUGAGGACCCGUGUGCUCUAAAGGUAUGUCUGUCAGACUAUUUAGAGUAGAUUUAUGAAUGUUCAUUCAUUAAAGAGACAUUUUACUCUAAAAUGAAGAUUUGUUAACUCACCUGUCAGUUCAUUUGAGGUUUAAGUGAUUUUUUUUUCUUUAAAGAGGUUCUUGGUAGUUCAUUACCAGUAAAUCAAUGACUAUUUGAAUUUCGAGACUAAAUAAAAUUUGGUUCCUCACAAUACAAAGCGUUUUAAAAGAAAAUACGUUUCCUGCACAGACCAGUCAUUUAGCUUUUUAAAGGUUCAGAUCAUGUACAACAUUUUCCAGUUGUUCAAAAUCUGUUUGACUAAUGUUGAAUACAAACAAAGAUAUAUAAAGAAACCACUGACUUCCAUAAUAUUUUAUUUUUCCUAGGGAGGUCAAUGUCUACAGGUUUUCAUCUUUCUUUAAAACAUCUUUAUUAGAAUAAAGAAACUUUUAAAGGUUUCGAACCACUUGAGGGGAUAAAUAGUGUGUAAAGUUUUUUGGUAAACCAUUCUUUUAAGGUAUUAAUUUAGUGUUGCCUGUAUGUUUUUUUUUAUUAUUAUUUAUUUAUUUUCAAAGUGCUGGUAGUCAUUUACUUCCAUUUUAUGAAUUAUCAAGGACCAGAGUUUUAGUUCUUUAAUUAUAUUUGAUGUUCUGUUGAAGAAAGAACUCUUCUAGAUAUUGAAUGUCCAUAAGUUGAGUAAAUGCAAAGCAAAUUUUCAUUUUUGGGUGAAAAGGCUUAAAAUAGAGAAGUUUACAAUUGUUACAGAAUAUGUUAUAUUUUAAUCAUGCAAAUACCUAAUUUAUGCCUUUUUUAAUCAUAAUUUGCUUGGACGGGUCUUGUAACACCUUUUCUUAUAGGUGGUCAGAAGGUCUGUUGCAUCAGGUUUUUUGGUUUAUUUUUGCUCAUUUUCUUUAAAUGCUGUUUCUUUACAUGACAAUGAUUAUUAAGCCUAGAAUUCAAUUUCUGAAGGUCAGUACAAACAGAAAGCAAUAGAUGUGAAGGCCAGGCUUUUGCAGAGUUUAACCGAUUCAUACUUUUCUAGGUCUAAACAGGUGGAAUGUAAUAUGAAACAUUUGCUUUGGUUGCUACCAUGUUGAAAACCAGUUUCUAUAAAUAUUCACACACGCAGCCUGCAGCCUAGACAGAAAGUGUGUUCAAGUGCCCUUGGCUGAAUGUUAUCAUAAGAUAUAUGUGUGUGUAGAAGAAGAUUUGUAUGCUUUUAAUGGUGAAGUUGAUAAUCAGAACUACAUUUUAUGUAGUAAAAACGCUGAAUUAAAAACAACUUGUGUUUACUAUACUACAUUUCAUUUUAAGAGGUGUUUGGAAUGUUUUUUUUUUUUCUUUAAGGUCAUUUGAAACCUAGAUAAUUUUUUAAAGAAUCGCAGAGGGUUUAUUUUAAAGUUGAAGGAAUGCAUUGGUAAGCAGUUUGAUGCCUGAAUCCUCAUUCCGAAGAGUAAGGCUCAGUACUGACUUCUGUGUUGUAAAUUACAGUGGAUUUGUCACAAUAAAAAAAAAAAAGGCUUAAAUUAAACCUCAAACAUCAAGUAGCAUCUAAGCACCAAACAUGAUGGUUAUGUAUUUGUAUUAGAUGCAAAAUAUUUGAAGUGUUUUCCUGAGGUUCUGUUUGAUUGAGCGUUCAGGGUGUAGUUACACGAGUGUCCACUGGAGGUUGUGAUGUUACUUUUUAUCAAAUGCCUCAUCUGAAAGAUGUUCUAAUGACUUUCAAUGUACUCUUAAGCAUCUCUGCUAUGAAAAGGUCUCUGUUGAUGUAAUAAACUUUUCACUUUGGGA